ACAAUCGGUAAUAACAGCCCUAAACGGAAAGCACAGCACAGAAUGCAUACCAUAUCCCAAAUACAUGGCACCGGUAAACAGGUCCGAGCGCUCGCCGGGUAUGUCAUCGCUUCCGCGCCAAACCAUCUCUAGGGGAGGCCUGUUCUCGGCUGUGGCCGAAGGGGUCUAUUUGCCACCCGAUACGGGGCACACCGCAGGGCUCGCCCAGUAUAUCCCGGAGCCGUUUGAAGCCCCACGUCAUCUGAUCGAUGAUUGCGCUGUAGUUGUCUUUGACAGUAUCGGUCUGAUGUGUCCACCACUUCCAGAAGAAUGCCGUCUCGACGUAUAUGAACCGGCGAUCGGGCUCUCCGUCGAGCGCCUGUACCACCGAAUCGAGUAUAUACUGAACGCCGGCGUUCUGUACGCCCUGUUUGGAGCCCCAGUAGUACUGGUCCAACGUCUUGAGCCAACCGACAUCGUUGUGAUUUCUUGGGAUCCGUUGGGUGGCAAUUGCCGUAAUGACAUUUGGGCUCAGGUAACGGGUUUGGGCCACCCGUACCCCCUGUGCCCCCAACAACACUCAAAGGGCAAUCCGCGAAACACGACUAAUAGUAAGGGAAAGAAACGCAAACCGGGAUCCAAACCCUUAAGUCAGGCGCUCAACUGUAAUGACAACGAUUUCGUCGACUUUCUCAGCCGAUGCCUCGAGUGGAAUCCGAUGCAUCGACUGACCCCGGACGAGGCCUGUAAGCACGUAUGGCUGGCCGGACAUUACAAUCAUAUCAAUACACUGAAUAACAAUCACAACAACUAUGUUAUUGGCCUCCUGGUCUUUUUCGAGCAGGUCUCGGCCAGUAUGGGUGUCAGCCCUACCAGAAUCAUCCGGGCCUCGUCUGAUGACUCCCUAAACCUGAAGCUAAUGAAUGGUAAAUGCAGUCAAAACGGAUCGCUGGGACACAACCACUCGAUCGACGACCCGCUGAUCGACGGCACAACAUAUUUGCCCCCAAUUUUGUGAAUACAAUACAAAUACAUAGACAUUGUCUUAAACACACAGACAUAUACACACGUAUACACUAUAUGUUUGACAAUUGUUAUAAAUGAUGUAUUAAUGAUAAUUGUCUUGUAAUUAUAUAAUUUUAUAUAUUACAU